CUCAAAAGCAAACCGUUUCGUCUUUUUUUUUUUUCUUCCUUCUCUCUUUGCGGCAAACCUUCGGCAACCUCGGUUCAUACGACCAAGCAGCACACAACACAGCCACAGCUUUUUUUUAACGUGUCAUCUCUCAACCAACCCGCUCCACCAACACCAUGUCGACAUUGCUUGUGAACGCGGCCUCUCCGACGCCGUUGAUCAAACCAAAGACUGCUUCGCCAGCCAAGCCCGCUGCCGCCGCUGCCUCCACUUCCACGACCAUCAUCGCAGAGCUCUCGCUCAUCCGCCCUGACGGCACCACUGGCACCAAGUUCCCCUUUGCCCAGGACGACUAUGUCUUUGGCCGCGACUUUGAGUGCACGGUUCGCGUUCAGACCAGCGGUGUGCAAGAGCGCCAUGCCUUCCUUCGCAACCUGAACAACUCCAAGAUUGUCCUCGGCCCGAUGAACGAGAACUGCCUCGUCAAGUUGAACCAAGCGCCCAUCACCGAGGCGACUGAGCUCAAGCACAACGACGUGUUCCAGAUUGGCGGCCGCUCGUUCCGCUUUGAGUUCCUGGCUGGUCAUGCCCCUGGUUCGGCCAAGAAGGCUCCUCUGGCUGAGAAGCAGGCUGCUGCUGCCGAGCCCAACUUGCUCUUGUCCUACACACCCAUCAAGUCGGCGUCCUCGAGCAAGGCUGCCUCGCCAGUCAAGACUGCCUCGCCAGUCAAGACUGCUUCGCCCAAGACUGCUUCGCCCAAGACUGCCUCACCCAAAGCUGCGUCCCCUGCCAAAGCCGCGUCCCCUGCCAAAGCCGCCUCGCCUGCAAAGGUCGCCUCGCCCAAGCUCAAGACACCCGUGCGCGCUGUCGCCAACAUUGAGAACAUGGUCCCGGCAUCCAGCACUCGCAAGCUGACCUUUGGUCCUCGCACACCACAGGCAGCUGUUGCACCUACGCCCAUGCGUCAGAUGCCUGCUGGCGAUCUCGAUUUCGGCACACCCAAGUCGCGCUUGCUCGAACGCCAGUCGGCCGCGCUCGCUGCAUUCAUGGCCAACCCGAUGCCCAAGCCAGUUCUGUUCGCCGAGCCGGUCGUCGCCGUUGCAGCCUCGCCGGUCAAGACGGUCACGCCCGUGACUGCCGUGCAAGCCUCGGCCGAGCCGGAAGUUGCCGCUGAGAUCAAGCCGUCCCUCGCGACUCCGCUUCGUGCCGCGAUUGUCAAGGGCGCGCCGUUGCGCAAGCGCGAGGAGAAGAAGCUUCGCACACCCAUCCGCGCUGCCAUCCAACAGGGAGCCACUCUCAAGACUCGCAAGGUCGCCAAGCUCGACGAGCCGCUGCAGGCGUCCAUUCAAGCGGGCGUCACGCUCAAGCAGAAGAGCAUUGGCGCACAGUCCAAGCUUGCCACUCCCAUCAAGAAGGACUUGCUGUCUGGCGCUACAAAGUUGCGCGCCGCUCCCCACAAGACCAACAAGCUCGCCACGCCUGUGCGCGCAGAAAUCCAGUCUGGCGGCGCGGCUGCCAAGCUGAAGAAGCAGGUCAAGUCGAAGGCGCUUGACACGCCGACCCGCAACGCCAUCGUCGGCGGUGUCUCGCUCCGCGCCAAGAAGAUUGCCGACAAGACCAUGUCGUUCGAGGUCUCUGACGCAAUUGCUACCGCUGCUGCCGAGCGCGCCCAGCGUGUGCAACCGCUCUCUACUCUGCCCACUAUGGCCGCAGCGCUGCAAAGCGCAAUCGGAACCCCGAGCGCCAAGAACAAGCUGCAGCCUGCCGUGGAGCUCCACCCCAUGCCGACCCCGGUUCGCAAGGACAUUGAGACCAAGACCGCCAAGCUCAAGUCUCGCCCGGCUCCGCUUGCCAUCCCCGCUGAUCUCAAGGCAGAGAUCUCCAGCAACAAUGUCAAGCUCAACCCGCUUGUCAAGAAGGGCAAUUCUGCUCUUCUUGGCGACAUUCGCACUGCGGAAGUCAGCAAGCUCAACAAGGUCACCAAAAAGUCGGCCGUCGGCACCCCCGUCCGCCAGGCUAUUGUUGCCGGCACGACCCUCAAGCCACUCAUCAAGCAAGUCAACCCUGAGCUGCUGCAGGACAUCCGCACCGAUGCUGUUCAGCUGAACAAGCUCACCAAGAAGUCUGCUCUCGGAACGCCCGUCCGCAACGAAAUUGUUGCCGGCAAGUCGCUCAAGGCCAAGGACAUUGGCGCUGUUGCCUCGCUCGCAACCCCCGUCAAGCAGGCUAUUGCUGCCUCCAACCCUGGCCAGCUUCGUGCCAAGCAAAUUGUCCCCGCCGACCGCAAGAUCCCCGUUGAGCUUCUUGCUGGCGUUGCCUCGCAGCCCACCCUCAAGUCUGUCGACCUGCGCCACACUUCGAUUGCUUCUGGCUCGGCCCUGUUGGUCACCCCACCUGCCUCCGACGAUGAUGAGCUGGUGCCAACUCUCCCAGUGGAGGAGUCUGUCGUCGAAGCCGAUAUUGUCGUCGAGGCAAAGGCUGCCCCCGCUCGCAAGGGUCGCGGAAAGAAGGCCGUCGUUGAGCCUGUGGUCGUGUCGGCUCCCGUUGUCGCGGUUGAAGAGGCUGCACCUACUCCUGCAGCAGCAACACGCAAGACGUCAGCUGCUCGCGGCAAGAAGUCGGUUGCUGCUGUAGAGGAAACUGCCCCUGCUGCCCUUAUCGAGCCGGUCGUUGCUGAGCCCGAGAAGGUUGAGGCUGCGCCAGCCAAGAAGCCCGCCGCUGCAGGCCGCAAGUCUGUCAAGCGCGCUGCCGAGCCUGCCGAUCCUGUUCAGGCUGUCGAAGCUGCUCCUGUCGUCGUCGCCGAAGUGGAGGUCGCGCCUGUCGUGAAGCGCGGUCGCAAGGUUGCCGUUGUCGAAACUCCCGUCGUUGCCGAGGUCGAGCCUGUGGUUGUGUCGCGUCGUGGCGGCAGGGCUGCGAAGACCGCCCCCGUUGUGCCAGUCGAACCCGAAGUGCCCGUCAUUGAGGUGGCUGCUCGCUCGCGUCGCGCUGCGGUCGUCGCCGAGCCCGUUGUGGCACCCGUUGCCGCCACCUCGCGCGCAAAGCGCUCUGCUGCCGUUGCGGCUGCCGAGCCCGUGGAGGAAGUCGUUGUCAAGUCCUCCAAGGGCAAGGGCAAGAGCAAGGUCCAGGAGCCCGAACCAGCUGUCGAUGGCUGCAGCGUUUGCCACUCGAACGAGCAGGAGGAGAAGCUCCUCAUUUGCGACGGCUGCGAGGCAAUGAUGCACAUGUUCUGCCUCAAGCCCGCUCUCAAGCGCGUUCCUGCUGGUGACUGGUUCUGCGACGACUGCAAGACGGCCAAGGCUGCCGCUGAGGAGCCCAAGCCUGCCACCAAGAAGGCCCGCGUUGAGGUUGCUGAAGUCGUCGAGGUUGUUGCACCCGUCAAGGCGACCAAGGCAACCAAGGCAGCCAAGGCAACCAAGGACGUUGUUGUCGUCGUCGCCGCCGCCGCCGCCGCCAAGCCUGCAUCUCGAGCCGCCAAGGCCGCCGCUGUGCCCGAGCCUGUCGUCGUGGCCGCCCCCAAGCGAUCAAGCCGGGCUGCCGCCGCUGCAGCUGCACCAGAGCCCAUGGUCACUGAGCCCGCCAAGCGUUCGACUCGUGCGACGCGCAAGUAACUCUGCAUCGAGCCGAGUUUACGAUUGUUAAGGGUUGACGAAAAGCAAAGAAAAAAAAAAAGUCAAGUACAGAACUUGACGAGUCGAUUUUGUUGUUUGUUGCGAUUGUGUUUGAAUUCUGGGGGCGGGGCGAGGGCUACCGUUGCUCUCUGUCUCUGUCUCUUUUGGCCAUUUGUGUCUUUGCUGGCGACCAACGUUGUGGGG